UUCUUUUAAUGCAGGAUGCCAUUGGCCUUCCAGGCUGCAAGGUUGUUUUACCGAUGCGUUAACAGUAAGUUGAAUGGGAAGAAAUGGUGUGGAAGUGUGCCAUGGCAGGAUUCAAAAGGUACCAAACCAUCAAAAAAAUCAGAAUCACAGCCCAAGAAGGCACCUGUCUUCAAUCCCAGUGGCCAAAGAAAUCCAUUCAAAGUGAUAGACAAGAAUUGUGAAGCAUCAUCUUGGAAACAAAUUAAGCAAGGUAGUGGAGAGGAAAGUAAAGCAAAAGGAGUUGAAGCGGAAAAGGAUAAUGUGGUGGAGUCACAUAAAGAAAAGAAGUCCACCUCUGGUUCUUCCACAGAGAAGGAACAUCCAGAAGGACUGAAAACUGAAAAACAAUCCAAGGGAUGUAGGAGUGAUCCAGAAUUUAAGGGAAACACAAUAUCUGAAUCUAAACUUUGUCUUUCUGAGACUUGGAAAGGGGAAAACACCCAUGAGGAUAAAGAGAAGUAUGAAGGAAGUGGCAGGGAAUCCAAUAAAUCCGAAUGUGUGGAGAAAGAGCCAGGUGGCAGAUCUGAACUCUUCCCAAUCAGUUUUGAAAAGCAAAGUACAAAUAGCAAGUCUCUAGAGAAAGAGAAGUUCAGGGAUAAAAGCUUAAAAAACUGUGGGGAUAAAGAAACCAGAGUGAAAGAAUGCAUUGGUGGAAAGAGUGGAGAGAUGAAACCAAUACCAAAAGAAAACACGACUUCCACAACAGUACCACAAGCAGCAUCGCAGCGUGCUCUCCCAAAGCAAGGAGCAGAGGCAGCACCAUCCAAGACACAAGUCAGGCCAGGCCUGGAACAACCUGCUGAUGAAGUUUCUGACAGUGACAGUGAUGAAGUAGUACUUGUUUAUUCCUCAUCAGAUGAAAGUGAACCUGAGAAAUCAGUUAAGGGUUUGCAACCAAGAGGGGUUCCUGCAGGAACAUCAGGGAAGAGUACCCAGGAGACAUCUUUGCUAGGAGCUGCAGCAUCACUUCACAUGGAAGGACCCCGAGACCCUGAGGCUCUUCGUAACCAUCUUGAAAUCCAGCUGAGGCAGAAGAAGAAUACCUUGGCUACAGUGAACAUUCAGGUGCUGCCAGAUAAAGGGCAACGGUUAGUAAAGCAAGUACAGGAUUUGGAAGCUGCACUCAGUGCUCUUAACAUUUCAACGACAGAUACUACAGAAAAAGGGGAGAACAGUGCAAGCAGUGGCCGUUGUGAGGAACCUUUGCCUAACUCGUUCAGCAGACCAGGUGGUACGAAGCUGAUAACACCACUGCCUCUUGGGGAUCAUAAGGCAGGGUCCUCUUCAAGCUCACACAAUCACCCCUCUGCUGCUGCCUUGGGUUCCAGUGAAUAUUUUGGCCGUGGUUUUGGAAUGAACUCUGGUGUGCAGAAUCUGUAUGGAGGAAGAAUGACAGAAGACCGAAUUAGGGCCGUGCACAGCGCAACAAGUGAUGCCAUUAAUCAUCUUCACAAAUCUCUAGAAUCCUGUCCAACAGAACAGACAGUAGCUGAGGAUCCCUCCGGUUUGAAAGUUCCGCUGCUGCUGCACCAGAGACAAGCACUUGCAUGGCUGCUCUGGAGAGAGAGUCAAAGGCCUUGUGGAGGAAUUCUGGCGGAUGACAUGGGCCUGGGGAAGACUCUAACAAUGAUUGCUCUAAUUCUGACCCAGAAGCAGGUGAAGACAGAGAAAGGAAGCAAGAAGUUAGAAAUGUGGCUGUCCAGAAAUGAUUCUACUGUUAUCCCUUCAUGCAGCACUUUGAUCAUCUGUCCUGCAUCCUUGAUCCAUCAUUGGAAGAAAGAGAUUGACAGACGAGUGGGCUUUGGAAAACUGAGGGUCUAUUUGUACCAUGGGCCAAACCGAGAUAAACAUGCAGAGGUGCUCUCUGAACAUGACGUUGUUGUCACAACCUACAGCCUUGUCUCUAAGGAGGUUCCCACAAGCAAAGAGGAGGGGGAAUUCCCUGCUGAGGACCAUGAAGUAGAGAGUGGGUCAGCUCCCUGCUCCCCUCUCCUCAGAGUAGCUUGGGCUCGAGUUAUAUUGGAUGAAGCUCACACUAUUAAAAAUCCAAAGGUUCAAACCUCCAUAGCUGUGUGCAAGCUGAGAGCCACUGCCAGAUGGGCUGUCACUGGGACACCAAUACAGAACAACUUACUGGACAUGUACUCUCUUCUGAGGUUCCUACGUUGCUCUCCUUUUGAUGAAUACAAGGUGUGGAAAUACCAGGUAGAUAACAACACUAAGAAGGGAGGAGACAGGCUAAGCCUUUUAACUAGGAGCCUCUUAUUACGGAGAACUAAGGAGCAGCUGGAUUCAACUGGAAAGCCCUUGGUAUCUUUGCCCCAGCGUAGCAUGCAGUUGCAUCAGUUAAAACUUUCAGCAGAGGAGCAGUCUGUAUACAAUGUGCUCUUUGCAAGAUCCAGGUCAACGCUACAGUCUUACCUAAAGCGGCAAGAGCAGAAAAAUGAAGGCAGAGAGCAUGCUGGGAGUAACCCAUUCGAGAGAGUUGCACAAGAUUUUGGGUACAGUCAGAAGGAAUUUCUAGCAAGCUCUCAAAGUGCUUCCCAAGUCUCAAGUACUGCCCACGUCUUGUCUAUGCUGUUGAGGCUCCGUCAGUGUUGCUGCCAUCUCUCCUUACUGAAAGUGGCUCUGGACAAAGUUAAUUUGACCAGUGAAGGCCUUUCUCUCUCCAUUGAGGAACAACUUAGUGCUUUGACCCUGUCUGAGCUCCAGACUCCUGAUUCAAAGACAACAGUCUACCUCAAUGGCACAGCUUUUAAUACAGAUCUCUUUGAAAUCACCAAGGAGAGCACCAAGGUAUCUCACCUCUUAGCUGAACUGAAAACUAUUCAGAGUCACCCAGAGUCUCAGAAAAGUGUUGUUGUGUCUCAGUGGACGAGCAUGCUGAAAGUUGUGGCUGUGCACCUCCAGAGACUAGGGCUGAAGUAUUCAGUGGUGGAUGGCUCUGUUAAUCCUAAACAGAGAAUGGAUGUGGUUGAAGAGUUCAAUAACAAUCCCAAAGGGCCUCAGGUAAUGUUGGUCUCCUUGCUGGCUGGAGGUGUUGGCCUGAACUUGACUGGAGGAAACCACCUCUUUCUCCUUGACAUGCACUGGUUUGUCUGUGAAGGAACAGUAGAAGAAAAGAUUGUACAACUCCAGACCAAGAAGAAAGGUCUCGCCCAACAGGUGCUAGCAGGCAAAGGGGAAACCUCAAAGCUCACUCUGGCUGACCUCAAAACUCUCUUUGGCAUCUAAUUGUCCUUUGCAAUAGAAGUGGAAAGUGAUGUUAUACUUUCAGGUAACUGAGCAGACAGGACUGCUGUUCUAAGGUGGUUGUUCAUUUUAAAUAAAUAACUACAUUUUUGUAACUGUUUUAGGAAAAAGAAAGGUUACCAACGUUAACAAUUUGGUACAAAAAUGAGAUUGUGUAUCCAAAAGUUAAUAAAACCAUUAUAAAUUAAGCUAUUUUAAACACUUUUAAGAAAAUAUUAAAAGCAAAUAUUUGCUUA